AUGUAUUAUGGAGUUUUGCAAGAAAUUCUAGAACUUCAUUUUACUGAUCGAUUAUCCGUUGUUUUGUUUCGGUGCAAGUGGUAUAAAUCUGAUAGGCGACAUAUUUUGCAAGAGAAAAAUAUCAUAAACAUCGACAUAAGUUCUGAGGCUUACAAGGAUGAUCAAUUCAUACUUGCCACUCAAGCUAGGCAGAUAUUUUAUACCGAUGAUCCUUCUCGUUCUCCAAACUGGCGAGUAGUGCAUGAAGUACAUCAUACCGUGGAUAUUAGUCCGUUAACGGAGGUACUAACCGAAGUGGAUUUAUUGCACUCCGAUAACUCUUCACAUUUCUCCCUUUUUGUGGAUCUCGGAAAUCUCGAAAAUGUGGAGCUACAUCAAGAUAGCAUGCCACCUGACCAUGUUAUUGAAACCUCGAUUCCAUCUUUUAGUGGGGAUGCACCAUUUGACAUGUAUAGUGAUGAUGACAUGGAGGACGAUACUGUGGAUGAGUACGAAAAUAUCGAACGUGAAGAUCAAGUCGGUGAUGAGCCAAGUGAUGAUAUGUUGACAGAGUAUAGCGAUUCCGACUAA